UAUCAUACGAGCGACAUCAAGUAUCGACUGUCGAUAUCGAUGCACCGACUUGCGUUGUACCGGACUGAAGUUGCCACUAUUUUCGAACUUCGGUCAGUUGCAUCGUCACUAGCGGAAGUAGCGGAACAACGGCGCUUGGCGUGGGAUCAAUCUCGAUCCGAGAGGCUGAUGCGCGUCGCGACGCGUAAUCGGUUAUACGAACGAGAGAACGACAAUGGAGAAACGAGAGGAGGAGGAGGAGGAGGAAAAGAAAGAAAAGGAGGAGACAUCAGGAAGAUAAUUAAUCAUUUGUCAUUCUACACUGGAGUUAAAUAAUCGUUUAUGUGUGGGACGAUCGCAUUAUCAAUGUAAUUUACAUUAUGGCUUCAUCGGAGUUUCAAGAAUGGACUUAAACUAAUCGGAAGAGUUCGGUGCUUAAGUAAAUCGCGUAUAAUUCAUCGCGUUUCUUUCACUUUGCGUAAUUUUAACUUCGGGAGUGCCGCACAAAGUUUCGUGUAAUUCUCGUAUUGCGAUAAUUAGUUUGCUCGUGAUUGUAAUUAAUCGUGAGUGAGUAUUACGUGAAUGCAGGAGAGAAAGAGGAGGACCAAAAAGUAUCGGACGUCAGAUGGAGCAACUAUGAAUUUACUGUAGCUUCCAAAGGAGCUUGUAACUCCGCUUUUGGUCAUCGUACCUGUGAGGCGAGGACGUGAGGGUUGAUCCGAUGAAUGGGGCCGAGCUCUGACAAAGUUUUUAGCCGGGGGCGAUCAUGACAGGAACAUACCGGAGAUCGAAAGCGCGUACGAAGAUGAGGAGCAGUUCGCCAGGGGCAGCACAACUACCCCUGGUGAAGCCAUCGUCGGUGAAGAGAACGACGGUCAAGGUGGAGGUGGCACGAACAACUUUCCCCUGAGAAUGGCGUCCGACGCAACGAGGGGUCGAUUCACCGCCGGCGGCUUCCUGCGGGGCACCGCCGGGCAACAUGUGAACUUCGACCCCGAGGCGCCUCCGCUGCCGCCGGCGCACGUCGUGCAGACGACCUGUCUGCUCGAACGGCCGGAAAUUGACAAGAAAGUCAAGAGGCACAGCAUACAUGGCAUGAUGGAGGAAGAGAACGUCGUAAGACCUCAUCAGGAAAUGGCCAGCCUGUCGCUUCAGGAGAAGAAAUAUCUUCUCGCUGUCGAGCGUGGAGACGUGGCUUCCGUUAGAAGAAUGCUCCAAAAAGCCCACGAUGCCGACAUUAACAUUAACUGCGUGGAUCCUCUCGGACGAUCGGCCCUCCUCAUGGCGAUCGAUAAUGAAAAUCUAGAGAUGGUGGAGCUUUUAAUAGAGCACAAGGUCGAUACUAAGGAUGCGCUUCUUCACGCUAUCUCCGAGGAAUUUGUUGAGGCGGUGGAGGUUCUUCUGGAGCAUGAGGAAAGUCUGCACAGGAAUGGCGAGCCACAUAGCUGGGAGGCUCUACCUCCUGAUACAGCCACGUUCACGCCCGACAUUACGCCGUUGAUCCUGUCGGCUCACAGGGACAACUACGAGAUCAUAAAGAUCCUCUUGGAUCGUGGAUCCACUCUGCCGAUGCCGCACGACGUACGCUGUGGAUGCGACGAGUGCGUGACUUCGAGGAUGGAGGAUUCCCUGAGGCAUUCGAGGAGCCGAAUAAACGCCUAUCGGGCGUUGGCGUCGCCGUCCUUGAUAGCACUGUCGUCUAAAGAUCCCAUCCUGACUGCUUUCGAGCUCUCCUGGGAACUUCGACGGCUCUCGUUCUUGGAGCACGAAUUCAAGAUUGAGUAUCAGGAGCUCCGAAGACAGUGCCAAGAUUUCGCGACCGCAUUGCUGGACCAUACUAGAAGUUCCUACGAGCUUGAAGUCCUGCUGAAUCAUGACCCAACGGGACCAGCUUUUGAGCACGGAGAGAGGAUGCAUCUUAACCGCUUAAAAUUAGCAAUUAAACUGAGACAAAAGAAGUUCGUGGCGCAUCCCAACGUACAGCAGCUAUUGGCAUCGAUCUGGUACGAGGGUCUGCCGGGAUUUCGAAGGAAGAAUAUGUUCCUGCAGGCGCUGGAGAUUGUCAGGAUCGGCGUUCUCUUCCCGUUCUUCAGCGUAGCGUAUAUAAUCGCGCCUCACAGCAUGGUCGGUCAAACCAUGAGAAAGCCAUUUAUCAAAUUCAUCUGCCAUUCCGCGUCGUACUUCACUUUUUUAUUCAUGUUAAUUCUGGCUAGUCAGCGGAUAGAGAGCGUGAUCGGUAAUUGGAUGGGACACGAACCAGACGUUACGGAGUACGAACCAGCGCCGACAAAAAGAGGCGCCGCACCAACGAUCGUGGAAUGGUUCAUAUUGGCCUGGGUGUCGGGGUUGAUCUGGUCGGAGGUGAAACAAUUGUGGGACGUGGGCCUGGAGGAGUACGUGAACGACAUGUGGAACGUGAUUGACUUCGUAACGAACUCGCUGUACGUAGCCACGGUGGCGCUCAGGAUCGUAGCGUACUACAGGGUGCAAAAGGAGAGGGACGAGGCGCUCGCGGGAUCGGGACCGAUGAUCGAGCUCCAGCGUGAGGAGUGGGACACCUGGGACCCGAUGCUCAUCUCCGAGGGCCUCUUCUCCGCCGCCAACAUCUUCAGUUCGCUAAAGCUCGUCUACAUAUUCUCCGUGAAUCCUCAUCUCGGCCCGCUGCAGGUCUCCCUUUCGAGGAUGGUCAUGGACAUUAUGAAAUUCUUAUUCCUCUACAUGCUGGUUCUCUUCGCCUUCUCAUGCGGUCUCAAUCAACUUCUCUGGUAUUACGCCGACCUGGAGAAAAAACAAUGUCGCUAUGCGAUGUCGCAUUCUAAUAUUAGCGCCAGUCUUAACGUCGACCCUAACGCGUGCACCGUUUGGCGCCGAUUCGCAAAUCUGUUCGAGACAAUACAAACACUCUUUUGGGCGGUUUUCGGCUUGAUAGACCUCGACAGCUUCGAACUAGAAGGCAUCAAGGUGUUCACCAGGUUUUGGGGCAUGCUGAUGUUCGGUACUUAUUCGGUUAUUAACAUCGUCGUCCUCCUUAAUCUUCUGAUUGCCAUGAUGAAUCAUUCCUAUCAACUAAUCUCGGAACGCGCCGAUGUCGAGUGGAAGUUUGCGAGGAGCAGACUCUGGAUCAGCUAUUUCGAGGAGGGCGGUACCGUUCCGCCGCCGUUUAACAUCAUACCGACCCCGAAGAGCGCCUGGUACGUCGUACAAUGGAUAUAUCGGAAGCUCUGUGGACACAGCAGGGCGGCCAAGAAGGAACACAUGCGAACAAUCAGGCGAAAGGUCAAGCAGGCUUCCGAGCGGGACUUCAGGUAUCAGAGUAUCAUAAGGAAUUUGGUAAGACGAUACGUCACCGUCGAGCAACGCAAGGCAGAAAACGAAGGUGUCACGGAGGACGACGUGAACGAAAUCAAACAAGACAUCAGCGCAUUCCGUUGCGAGCUCAUCGAGAUACUGAAGAAUUCCGGUAUGAACACCUCCACCGCGGCGAGCGGCGGAGCCGACGAUAGCCUUAAAGAGCUGUCCGUAGGUGCGGGUGGCAAGAAAAACCGUCAGAAAGAGCGGCGCUUAAUGAAGGGUUUCAACAUCGGGCCGCAACCCGGCGGAAGCGGCACCCUGCCGCCUGUCGCCGAAUUUAUCGCGUCCCUUCAACAAGUCCAGCACGAAAACUCCCAUGACUUAUUCGGCUCUACUCUAAGCGGCAUAUUUGGGCCGGGCACAACCCCAAAGAAGAGCCCACAUCAUACCAGCACUAAUAGCGUACCCGGGCUGGCCACUGGGUCGCGACAAAGCCACGGUACCAGAAGCAGCUCCCGGAAGAAGCGCUGGGGCACUUUGAUUGAGGCUGCGAAAGCCGGAAGGGUCUCCAGACUGAUCGGUAGAUCUCGUUCAGAGGACUCUGUAUACUCGCCAGCGUCCGAAGAUGGCGGCUCGCGAUCUGAAGGCUCCUCAGAUUCAAAGACCUCCUUGGAGGGAACCGGUCACGAUGUACAAGGUGUCCAGCAACCCCAUCACUCUCAUUCUCACUCUCAUCACGUGCAACAUCACGAGGCGCAUCACAUGUUUACCCAUGGCUUGGGCCCGGCUCUAGCCGCCCUGAGGAAGAAGCGAAAGAAGUUCUCCGCAUCGAGGUCGUCCACACCCGCGAUGACCAGCAGCACCAACACGAAUCCGGCGGACUCGAGCACGACGUCCUCGAUCGCCACCGUUCUGUCGGCCAGAAAGAUCUCCUCGAAGAAGUUGCUGCAACGUGCGAGCAGCGUGCCCACCCGGGGCCCGGAAUUAACCCCGCAGUCGUCAAUAGCGUCGUCGCGACGGCACGAGGCCACGCAGAGCCAGCAGCCCAGUCUCGACGUCGUCGAGAUGGUCAUCAACGAGCGCGUCAACGCGCAGCAAGGUGUUGUGCCACUGACGCCGUCGACCACCGAGGAGAGCGUGGUGGCGAGCGGCUCGACGUCGAUCACGGCGAAGCGAAACGGAUCGGCGGCGCAGCUGCAACAUCUUCCCGGUAUCGAGCCGAUUUCCGGCCACGACGUGUCCGCCGGCUGGCUCUGAGGAAACGGAUGUGUCGCCGACGGGCGGCGGCCGACCAGCUGACACAGGAAGCAUCAAUCGGAACUCAGCUUGGAGCUUCGUUUACGGCGGCCAUGAGGCUGAAACGACGUUGAUGACGAUAGUGCGCGUACGCACGCACGCACGCACGCACGCGGUACGACCGUCCCGACGUCGGCAGACGCACAAUGAUGCCUUUCUCGCAACGCGACGCGCCAUGCCGAUUAAACGUAAGAGCGACGUCGAUCGAGAAUCUCGAAGGAACCCCCGUCUCUCAUCAGGAUCUUAUUUCCUUUCCUUCAUCUUCAGUUCCUUUUUAUUACGAACACUUCAAUGAGACGAAUUGGCUCGAAAUUUGAGAAACACUUCAAACUUAUUGGUACGUUAUAUUUUUUACAUAUUUAUUUUUAUAUUCUAUAUUUUAUAUGCGCGCACGAAAGAGAAUUUCCAUGAUUAUUCUUGAAAUUUCAUAUUCUUUUCUAUCUCAAUUUAAAUAUUUUUGAGCAGCGGCCGUAUAAAACUAUAUUUUGUAUUAUUUACGUAUUACUGCUACUGUUCAAUUAUUUUUUGAAAUUAGUAAGGGUAAUGAAAUAUCAUGUAUGUGAUUGAUCGCGGUAUCUUCUCGCGCGGUGUCUUUGAGUGACGAUCGACGGUGUGUAGACUGUAUUGAGAAUUACUACUAUUACUACUAAACUGCCAGAGAGAAAGGAGAAGUGGUAUGUGUGAGUCUCGGCGGCAAAUAGCCUAGUCAACACUAGUCAGAGUCAGAUCUCGUAACGGGAGGUUGGAAAAAAUUAUUAUUAUUAUUAUUAUUACUGUUAUAUAAUUAAAUGGUCUAUCGAGAAACGCGACGAACUACAUUACCUCAAACGGGAAUGUCUGUCGCAUCUCUUCAGAGAGCUGGUCUACUGAAGAAUGAAACUCAUAGCCUUCUAGCUGCUCUCAAACGAUCGUUGUCUUGACGAUUUGUUUCUUCCAUAUAUUAUAAACACUUAUCUCAUUCUAGUCACACGAACUAAUCGAUAAUGAAGCAUUGCCAACGGACGAUUUCUAUUAUUUUUUAUUCCACGAUAGUUUAGGGCGGCCACAAACGCGCGGCGUUGAAAGAGAAUCAAUUAUGUAACAACUUCAGUAAGACAUAUACAAUAGAUUGUAUGAAAGAGAGAGACGGCUGGAUCUUUAAAGUCCCACAUUUUUCUGCAAAAUUUCGAUGUAAAAUCAAUUAAUUGCUCCGUUAAUUGCGCAGCUCGUGAUUGAUGACGAGUCAUCUUUUAACGAUCCAACGCGUAACUCUCUGCCUAUAUUAGGACUAUCUAACGGCUGAAUCCUUUCGUCGACAUCGAAUCGGCGAGAGGGCGAGAGAGAGAGAGAGAGAGAGAGAGAGAGAGAGAGAGAGAGAGAGAGAGAGAGAGAGAGAGAAGAAAGACGUCGAAUCGAUUCUCGCGAGGCGCAGGAGAACAAGAACAAGUGGCACGACCAAAGAACACGCCGGUACAUAGUACAUAGUCAAGUAGUGGCCUAAAGGAACGAGAGUCCUAGAUAUUACGUACUAUUUCUUAGAUAUUACGUGUAUGUACGUUAAUAACAAUUAUUACUAUUGUUAAUGUUAAACGAAUCGCGCGAUUAGCACCACAGGUAAGUUCCUGAGGAGCAAGUCGCCCUGAGGGCAUUGUCCAAUUGCUCGCUCGUUUCGUCCCCCUUCGUCGUCAAUCUCCUCGCGGUCUCGUUAACGCUGUAAGAGAGAUAUAAACAUUAUCAAAGCUAUAUAUUUACCAAGCGGAUCAAACCGCCGAAAUAAUAUUUUUUUGUAAAAUAAGAUUUGAGCGAGUUAAUUAAGCAACUUUAACAGAGGUAAAUUUUUAAUAGGAGUUACGCGAUAUAUUUAAUAUUAAGAAAUUGUACAAUACGUGCAUUAUAAAAGAAAAUUUUAUUUAUUGUUUUAUUUAUUGUUUUAUAAUUGAUAUUCUAUUACAGAACUAAUGUAUAUAAUUUUUAAAAAAGACGACGUAACGUGACGGUUUGGCACUCUUGGUAGAUGUGCAGUGAUUUAGUUAUCAUCUUACCUACGUGUGUAUUAUUUAUAUGAGAUUAUUAAUGUAAUUGUGUAAAACUAGAUUUCCCAAUUGGUGGUAAGUAGCGCGAGUGUGAGAGGAAAGGAAGAAAGUACCGCGAACGUAACGCAAGCAGAACCAAUUAAUUUUAAUAGACACGAAAUAGAGUCUGAAAUGAUUUCGAUAAAACGACAAGUCCUGCGAAUCCGAUUGAAUUUUGUUAUACGAUCACGAACGUAGGAAAGUGGUGAAAUUUUUCUGUUUUCCCAUACGUGCGACGUCCUGCGCGUCAAGACAAAUAAUGAAAAGCGACCUAGUGGUGUCAAAAAAAUCUCUGUCGUAGUUGCAGGAUUUUGGACGUUUUCCAAAGAUAACUUGAUCACAAUUCAGAGUCCGUGGUGAAUUACGGGCACUUGAAUUUCUACGUGGAACAUAAGAAUAACAAGCGCGACACCUGCGGCAUUAAUCGCUCGAACAAUCGUACGUUGCUUGAAGCGACGUAUCGCGUUUUGAAAACGUGUAGCUACAGAAACGUGAGAAAACAGCGCGAGAAACAAAAAUCAAUUUGACAUCCGACUCCGAAUUUAAUUUCAAGCGCGUAUCCUAUUUGCGGCAUAAUUAACAAAACGUGUCGAGCACAAAAAGACUUCUACAUUCUUUCCAUUAUGUAAAAAUAAUAUUUAAUAUCAAAUUUAACACUAUAGUUAAUUAUUUGAAAGAUGCUUAUCUGAUAUACAUUUGUAAAUGCCGUUGCAAUCGGAUAUUAAAUUUGGAUGGAUAUAUUACAAGAGACAAACGUUUUAUCCGAUACAAAGCGAUUACAUUGAGUAUGUGUGUGUCGUAGUAUCGAUUGAAAUUCGAUGGGAAUCAGCAGGCGGCAAACGAAAUGUGACCAUUAAUAAAAUAUCAUUUAUUCUGAUAAUCCGUUUAUUUCGCAUUCAGCAUUUUCUAGAGCGAAUAGAACAGAGAACACAGUAUAGCGUUCAUAACGCGAUUAAUUUAAAAGGAGGCAAAUAUGGGUGAUGGAGAAUCGUAAUGUACAUGGAUAGUCUAUGAAGGCAUCGAUUAAUAUUAAUUUGAAUGUUCAACGUGGAUCGUUUUGUGAAGUGAAACGUAUAAAGUUAUUAAAACAGUUUUCAGUCUACACGUGAUGCAAUUUCAAAUUUUUUAUUAAUAAUUACAUAUUUUUAAUUAAGUUAUAUCUUUUAGUUACUAUAACGUUUUUGACAUAGAGAUCGCGCGAGC